AUGACUUGCACACAUUCCCAGAAGCGAAAGGCUGAGGAGACUGAGCCUCAAGACCAGGCUCCUACCUAUACCCGUCGCCGCACAAAGAUUGUUCUCGUCAAAGGCGGCAAACGCCCUAAGGUAGCCCGCGAUGAUGACGAUCGACUCACUGUGCCAGCACCACCAGCCACAGUGUACCGCCAUAGCAAGCUGAAAAAGGUUAUCAUUCGCAACAAGAGCUCAAAGAAUCAAUCCAUGUACCCCAUGGUGAUUCCAGUCGUCUUUCGUGGUGUCCAGGCCCUAGAACCUGAUGAAAAACCAAUACCGUUUAACUUUCGCUGUGUAAUUCGCUCAAAAUAUCCCGACACCGAGAGGAGUAUCCCGCCAACUCAGCAGCCGUCCCCUGGUGCAUUCGAGACGAAUAGGAUAGCCCCGACGCUGGUGAAGGCAGGAGAGCUACGAGCUUAA